AUGAGCCCAGGCACCAUGACAUCCACCAAGGUCUACCUCUUGCCGCUCAACGACGAUGGUUCUCCCGACAUCGUGGGAGACUACAUUUACAUAGCCCCACCGUCCAAUGACCCAGUCAUACUUCGGUUCGCCAUUGAAGGCAGCUCUUCCAUUUGUCGCCAUGGCAGCCUGUGGGUAAAUGUGCCCGAGACGGGUAGGGAAUUCCGACGAGACAGCUUCAGAGAAUUCAAACUAACCCCCGACUUCAAUCGAACCAUUGAGGUAUCCGUGGAGAUCCACCAACCUGGCGCCUAUGCCUUCUACACCACCUAUGCUGCGUUGCCCGAUCUCGAGCCGCUCAUUGCCAACAAACCCUCGCAGGAGCCACCUCGCCUGAACAGGACACCGCUCUAUUACGUAGAUGUGGCGCCGCGCCUGCGUCUUGAUGGUUCUCCGCUUCCAUUGCCUGCCUUGUCCAUCUUCUCCGUCAUUAGCAAAUUCAUGGGUAGAUACCCAUCCGAUUGGAAGAGCCACUUGCGUGGAAUCAGUGAACGAGGAUACAACAUGAUUCAUUUCACUCCUCUGCAGGUUCGGGGAGCUUCCAACUCGCCUUAUAGCUUGUACGAUCAACUCGACUGGGAUCCUACCUGCUUCCCAGCCGGAGAAGCAGACGUCAGGACGCUGGUUGAAAGUCUGGAGCGGGACUAUUCCCUGCUGAGUCUGACUGACAUUGUUUUGAACCACACCGCUCACAACACGCAAUGGCUUCAAGAGCACCCUGAAGCUGGUUACAGCCUUUCCACUGCCCCUUGGCUGGAGCCUGCCUAUGCGCUGGACACCAGUCUGCUGGAAUUAAGUUCGAACCUUGGCCCCCUCGGUCUACCUGUUGAUCCAAAGUCAACAGAGGACCUCUUGCUCAUCAUGGAAGCGGUCAAAACUCAAGUCAUUGCCGAAAUUCGUCUCUGGGAGUACUAUGUUUUGGACGUUGAAAGAGAUGCCGACGCGGCCGUUGAAGCAUGGGUUCUGGGUAAAACUUCGGCGCCUCAAAACUCGCCCGAGUUUCAAUCAGUCGCGGAAAAGCUCCAACUAUCAGGUCUUUCCGAGAAGGUCGCCUUCAUUCGGAGCCACGGGCUCAUGGGUCUGGAUCGCCUGGGUGAGCGAUUCAAAAAGAGGGUGGAUCCCACCAUAGCGGCGGCUCUGCUUUCACUCUGCUUAGGCAAGUAUGAGGGCGAGUCCUCCAAGUCUGCAGACAGGGCAGCCGCGCGGGCGGAAAUGGUCCGGAUCCUCGACGCCGUCAAUGUGCCAUUCUAUGAGGAGUAUGAUGGAGAUGUCAAGGAGAUUCUGGAACAGCUGUAUAACCGCAUCAAGUACGUUCGUUUGGAUGAUGGCGGUCCCAAGCUCGGUCCUAUAAACCAACAGAAUCCCUUGAUUGAGACAUACUUCACUCGUUUGCCUCGCAAUGAAGUGACGUCUUGCCAUGACGAACGGAAUCUCAUGCUGGUCAACAACGGUUGGGUUUGGGGGGGAAACGCGCUAGUCGAUAACGCUGGCCCGGAUUCUCGGGCAUACUUGCGAAGAGAAGUCAUAAUUUGGGGUGACUGUGUCAAGCUACGGUAUGGGUCAAAGUACGAAGACAGCCCUUGGCUUUGGGAACACAUGACAAAGUAUGCGCGUAAGCUGGCCAAAUUCUUCGUCGGAUUGCGGAUCGAUAAUUGCCACUCUACACCUAUUCAUGUUGCAGAGUACAUCCUCGACGAGGCACGUCGAGUCCGACCCGACUUGUAUGUUGUCGCCGAGCUGUUCACCGGCUCGGAAGAAACGGACUAUGUCUUUGUCAAACGGCUUGGCCUCAGCUCUCUUAUCAGAGAGGCAAUGCAAGCGUGGAGCACGGCUGAGCUGAGCAGGUUGGUUCACAGGCAUGGUGGCCGGCCCAUCGGCAGUUUCGAGAUUGACGAAAUAUCGCGAGGGGAACCGACCUCGUCUUCAAAGCUUGAAGAGAAAGGUGAUCUCACUAGAGAAGUUAUUCGCAGAAUCAAACCCACUCCUGUGCACGCGCUGUUCAUGGACUGCACUCACGAUAACGAAACGCCUGCUCAGAAGCGAGAUGCUCGAGACACUCUUCCCAAUGCGGCACUAGUCAGCAUGUGUGCCAGCGCAACAGGCUCUGUUAUGGGAUAUGACGAGAUAUACCCCAAGCUCGUUGACCUCGUCAACGAGACACGCCUGUAUUCAUCUGAAUCUUCCCGUUCAACACAUGUCAAGAUUGGGCGAGGAAAGAAUGGCAUCGCGGGCGUGAAGAAAUUGCUAAAUCAAAUCCACACGCUGAUGGGGAAGGACGGCUACGAUGAAACACACAUUCACCACGAAGACGAAUAUAUCACUGUUCAUAGAGUUCAUCCCAAGUCAAGGAAAGGGUAUUUCCUCGUAGCACAUACUGCAUUCCCCGGCAAUGGCUCCGGCAACGGCGCCUUGAACCCAGUUCAUCUUUCGGGCACAAAAGCGCGGCAUCUGGGGAGCUGGAGCCUAGAAGUAGACGCAAGCAAGGAUGCCACGGAAAGGGCUCUCAAUAACGAUCAGUUUUUGGUCGGUCUACCAAGUCAGGUUACAGACAUAUCAGGUGUUAAUCUGGACGUCAAUGGAGACGAUACCGUCAUCACCGUGCAGAAAAGCUUCCCUCCUGGUAGUAUCGCUCUUCUGGAGACGUGGAUACCCGCAGCAGAACACUCUGCUGGUCUUGACACCUAUGUCACUUCAGGUGCAAAGGCAGCUUGGAGUCAACUCAGCCUGAUCGAUUUGAACUUUCUGCUGUACCGGUGCGAGGCUGAGGAACUUGACUCAAACGGCGGUCGCGACGGAACUUACGAUAUUCCAGGCCAUGGCAAAUUGGUGUAUGCAGGCUUGCAGGGGUGGUGGAGCAUCCUCAAGGACAUUAUCCGCGAAAACAACCUCGCGCAUCCUCUGUGCCAAAAUCUCCGAGAUGGUCCCUGGGCCCUUGAUUACAUCCUUGGCCGCGUUGUACGAAUGAGUGAAACCGAGGGCAGUGAGCAGCUUGCCGGCCCCGCAACAUGGCUGCGGGAGCGCUUCGACGCGGUUCGAAGCAUCCCAAACUUCCUCCUUCCUCGAUACUUUGGCCUUUUACUGAGAACGGCUCAUAAUGCCAGUCGGGAGAGGGCUCUGGAGCUGAUGGGCGAGGACAUCAGGAAAGGUCAAUGGUUCCUUCAGAGUCUGGCGCUUGUCAGCGUCCAGCAGACCGGCCAUGUCAAGUCUGCGUCCUUGUGGCCGACCAAGGCCGUUCCCUCCCUAGCAGCUGGCCUGCCACAUUUUGCGGUGGAAUGGGCGAGGUGUUGGGGACGCGAUGUCUUCAUUUCCAUGCGUGGUCUGUAUCUUGGCACGGGCCGUUUCGCCGAGGCCAAGGAACACAUUCUUGCGUUUGCCAGUGUUCUGAAACAUGGCAUGAUCCCCAACCUUCUCAGCAGCGGCGAUGCCCCACGCUACAACUCGCGAGACUCCAUUUGGUUCUUCCUGCAAACCAUCCAAGACUACGUGCGGCUAUCGCCCGAAGGGGCCUCCGUUCUGAAGUCCACCAUCAAGAGGCGGUUCCUGCCGUACGAUGAUACUUGGUUUCCCGCCAGCGAUUCCCGGGCUUAUUCGACAGAAAGCACCCUGGAAGAUGUUAUUCAAGAGGCCCUCCAGAGGCACGCUUCCGGUAUGAAAUAUCGAGAAGCCAACGCCGGCCCGCAGAUUGACUCGCAAAUGAAGGAGGAAGGGUUCAACCAAAAAAUCCAUGUAGACUGGGAUACAGGCAUCAUCUUUGGCGGCAACCAGUUCAAUUGUGGAACAUGGAUGGACAAGAUGGGCGAAAGUGAAAAGGCAGGGUCCAAAGGGAUCCCGGCGACGCCACGAGACGGCGCUGCCAUCGAGAUUACCGGGCUUCUUUACAGCACGCUGACCUGGUUGUCAGCGAUGAACCAGCAAGGCGAAUACGCCUACUCGUCGGUCAAGACCUCGGGCGGGGAGACGGUAACAUUGCAAGACUGGGCGGGUCGAAUCAAGAGCAACUUCGAGAGGUGCUACUACGUGCCGUCACUGCCGGGUGAAGAUUCCCAGUACGACGUCAACUCUGGCAUCGUCAACCGUCGCGGAAUCUACAAGGAUCUGUACAGGUCAGGCAAGGAAUAUGAGGACUACCAGCUUAGACCAAAUUUCGCCAUUGCCAUGACUGUCGCGCCAGACUUGUUCGACCCAGAUCACGCCAUGCACGCACUCUGUCUGGCUGACAGCGUUCUCCGGGGACCUACGGGCAUGGCGACGCUGGAUCCCGGAGACCUCAAUUAUCGCCCAUACUACCGCAACAGCGAGGACAGCGACGAUUUCGCCACGAGCAAAGGUCGCAACUAUCACCAAGGGCCCGAAUGGCUCUGGCCGACGGGCUUUUUCCUUCGAGCUCUCCUCAAAUUCGACUUGAAACGCCGCACCACGUCGGAGGGCAGAGUCGAGGCAUUUCAGCAAGUGACGAGGCGAUUGGGUGGAUGCGAAGUGAUGAUUCAGGAGAAUGAAUGGGCAGGCUUGACAGAACUGACGCAAAAGAAUGGCGAGCAUUGCCCAGACUCGAGCCCGACGCAAGCCUGGUCAGCUGGUUGUUUGAUCGACUUGUACAUGGACGGUGUGGAGGAGCAGCUAAAGGAGCAGAAGGCAUAA